UUCGAGAGAGAAGGAUUCGGAGUGCGGAACCUACUGCUAUAAAGUGGUUAAACCGCUUCUUAGCUACGCAGUCUCUAUACGUGCAAAGGAAGAACAAUUCGCAGAGUUAGAGAGUAAAAUCAAUGAGCAAAAGGCGACUGUAUUUUAUUUGAGGGAAACAAUCCGGCAAAAGGAUCUUCAACUGACUCAACAAAUCGAACUGACCGCCUUGUAUAAGAUCUAUAAUGCAGUGUUAGAGAAACAACUCGUCUCCAAUGAUGUUCUUAUAAAUAAUCUGCAAUCCAAAGUUAAAUCGGCAGAUUCCCAAAUCAACGAACAAGAUAAAGAACUAAAAAAAUCGCUAUCGAAGCAUGAAAAUAAUGAAUUAAAUGUUGCCAAGAUCAAAAAACUUGAAUCGAAACUCUCAGAGUGUAAUGCGAUGAGCGAAACAAUCAGGCAAAAGGACCUUCAACUGACCCAACAAAUCGAAUUGACCGCCUCGUAUAAGAGCAAUAUUGUACAGCUGGAGAAACAACUCGUCUCAAAUGAUGUUCUUAUAAAUAAUCUGCAAUCCAAAGUUAAAUCGGCAGACUCCCAAAUCAACGAACAAGAUAAAGAACUAAAAAAAUCGCUAUUGAAGCACGAAAAUAAUGAAUUAAAUGUUGCCAAGAUCAAACAACUUGAAUCGAAGCUCUCAGAGUGUAAUGCGAUGAGCGAAACAAUCAGGCAAAAGGACCUUCAACUGACCCAACAAAUCGAAUUGACCGCCUCGUAUAAGAGCAACAUUACACAGCUGGAGGAACAACUCGUCUCAAAUGAUGUUCUUAUAAAUAAUCUGCAAUCCAAAGUUAAAUCGGCAGAUUCCCAUAUCAAUGAAAAAGAUAAAGAAUUAAAGAUAUCAAGAUCUAAGCAUGAAGAUAAUGAAUCUAAUGUUGCCAAGAUCAAACAACUUGAAUCGAAACUCUCAGAGUUCAAAGCGAUGUCUAUAAUCCCUAACUGCCUAGGAAAACCAAGUGAUGUGUAUGCGAUAAAGGUACCCGAUAUGUAUCCAUUCUCCGUGUCCUGUGACUCGAAGCUCGCCGGUUCCGGGUGGAUCGUUAUUCAACGCCGUAUCCACGGCAGUGUGAGCUUUAACCGAGGCUGGGAUGAGUACAAGGCAGGUUUUGGGGAUUUGCGAGGCGAGUUCUUUAUCGGACUCGAGAAACUCCAUAAACUGACCCAAUCGCAACCUCACGAAUUAUAUAUAUCUCUGAAGGACUUUCAAAAUGAAACCCGUUAUGUCCGAUACAGUAACUUUGUUAUUGGCAACGAGACAGAGGUGUAUAAGAUUAAAAUGCUUGGAGAUUUUACAGGAAAUACUGGUGAUUCCUUCAAGUAUCAUUUACACAACAAUUUCUCAACACCAGAUCGGGAUAAUGAUGGGGAUACGGGUAACUGUGCUCUUAGUUUCCAGUCUGGAUGGUGGUUUACUAAAUGUUAUAACAGCAAUCUAAAUGGACCGUAUACCUCGAAAGGUGGACUAGGUACACCGAGAAUUUCUUGGAAUAGUUGGCACCUGAAGCCACUGAAAUUUACCCAAAUGAUGAUCAAGCCGAAGUCUUCUUCGUUCAUUAAUACUCACUAAUGUUUUUUGAAAACUGUUUUUUUAAUUGGAAUCCUCUUUUUAUUUUUAAAAAUUAUAUUAUUUUGAUAAAUUUUAUUAUAUUAAUCGCAUUAAAUUAAUAAGUCUAGACUUGAGACCCCAAACGAAAAGCAAAAUUUAAAUAAUAUGCAAAAUCAUGUGUCAAAGGUAUUUCUCUGAUAGCUCGUCCGGCUGCUGCUCCAUUGACUUCUUGAACACCGAUUAGAAUUUUAAAAAUGCAAAAUGCGAGAUUUCUUUGUUGAGAUUACGCUUUACUAACGUUAGUUUAUAAUCAACUAAUUUGGGCGACAGUUUUAAAUCUUAGUUUAACUAUAAAAUGUAAAAAUUAUUCGUGGUAAUGAAAUGUUCGGU